UUAUGUCUGGACGCGGCAAGGGUGGCAAAGUGAAGGGCAAGGCAAAGUCCCGUUCGAACCGUGCCGGUUUGCAGUUCCCCGUCGGUCGUAUCCAUCGGUUGCUGCGCAAGGGAAACUAUGCCGAGCGUGUCGGUGCGGGAGCACCCGUAUAUCUGGCUGCGGUAAUGGAAUACCUCGCUGCGGAAGUGCUUGAAUUGGCCGGGAAUGCUGCUCGCGAUAACAAGAAGACGCGUAUUAUCCCGCGUCAUUUGCAGCUGGCCAUUCGUAACGAUGAGGAGCUGAACAAGCUGCUGUCCGGGGUAACCAUCGCCCAGGGUGGUGUGCUGCCCAACAUCCAGGCCGUGCUGCUGCCCAAGAAGACGGAGAAGAAGGCUUAAGCGCUUCGCCCGGACAAGACGAUGACG